AUGGGUAGAUAUUCGGUCAAAAGGUACAAGACAAAAAGAAGAACAAGAGAUCUCGAUCUUGUCUACAAGGAUCUCUCCACAAAGGAGUCCGUUUACGCAUUGAAGAACCAACCCUUGGACGAAACAAAGCCUGGAUUGGGCCAAUACUACUGUAUUGAGUGUGCCAAAUACUUCGAGUCCCAGCCAACGUUGGAUCACCACAGAAAAGGAAAAGUCCACAAAAGAAGAUUGAAGGAUCUCAGGCAGAGGCCGUACACCCCGCUAGAAAGCGAGGCGUGUGCUGGUUACAACCUCCAGAAGUUCAUGGAGUCUGUGGAGAAGUACAAGCAGACAGAGCAGUAUAAGCAAGAAAACAAGGCUGAGCUUGAUGCCAUCAAAGAUGCAAAGAAGGAUAACUUGGAUGCCCUUAUAACAGGGGUUCCCUCGUCCCACGCUGAGGGUGAAGUUGAGAUGAGAGACUAA